AUGACCUUGCGCAAAAACGAUCGACAUGGACGCACCAAGGAAAAUCUACAUAGUUUUCGCGAAUUAUUCCGGGAAGUAAUGAUAGAGGCGAGUAACGGGUUGGCUGAUUAUUUAGAUAGCACGCACACACGCGCACUGUGUCCACACAACGAUCGACCGGCGGCUGUCUGUGUGUGGGUAUGUGUGACAUUGAACUUCACUCUUCACGCGGCGGCGCACGAGUUGCGUAACCAAGUCGCAUUACUCAGGGCUCCGGGUGCACACGUGAGCCGAGCGAUUGUGUUCUCGUAUCUGGCUGUACAAAUAGCGGCGACCUUGAAAUUCGGCGCGCUCGGCAAGGUCACCGCGCAAAUCGUUAUCACAAUGACGUCAGCGUGUAACCUCCGAAAGACCUUUGCUGAGGUGCCCGCGGAUUGCGAUAAGACUAGCAACCGAUGGCGACCGAUAACACGGACCAUACAUACUGAAUAA